CGUAUCAACUCUCCAGGUCGGCCCCUAUAGGAUGUUUGCCGCCGGACGGUUCUUAGUGUAACGCUAAAAGAAAUCGACCGUCUUCCGGUGUAAACAUAAGGCUGCAGUUGGAAUAAAUUCGCCGAAAACUUCAAAAUAGCGAUUCAUUAAAAAGCCUAAAUUAUUAACCGUAUAUUUACGCACUAGGUUUGUUGACAGUUGUUCUAUACGUUGAGUGUAUGAAGUAAUGGAAGGGCCACCGCAGCUACCACCUGAACUUUGGGUUUAUGUGUUUAGCUAUCUUAGCACAGAGGAAAAACACACGGUUCGCUCCUGCUGCAGGCACUUAAAGAAGCUUAUCGACCAUCCAUCCCUAUGGAAGGACUACACUGUGGUGAUGUCCGAACUUCGCCGCUACACUUACGGCUUCUGGCACACGUUGAAUUACCGUAAGCUCACCCGGGUGGCUGUGCGACACCUGCGGCGAAAAGAGUGGCGACGUUUGGUAAAGUUCCUCCCGUCGCUCACGGCCAUAGUAUUUGUAGAUGGCGGGCGACAAUAUAAAGAGAAAUACAUGGACAACCUUGCCCGAUUUCCCAACCUACGGGACCUCGGGGUACGGAACGCUACCUGGGAUGAAGCGUUGCUUGGCCACAGCCUAACGGAACACCUUCAGGAGCGCCUCACACACCUGAGCGUGUGCAACGUGCGGCUGCCCAACACUGUGGAGUUUAUAAAAACUGUGUCCCAGCUGGUCAACCUGCGCUUCCUCCUUUUCCACCAGCAGAGUGAGGGUUACGGGCUGGACACGGUGAGGCCUGUUCCCCGCAACGACUUCCACGCCAUGUUGCUGAAGCUGAAGAAGCUGAUCCACCUUUCCUGGGGGAUGAAGGGGGAGCCACCAGAACCGCUUCCUGACGACUACUUGAGUCCACCGAAUCCAGAACAGCCAGGUGUGCCUUCUCCUUAUGCCUGCUGUCAUAGAUUCUCAGGACUGUCUUCGUACGGCGGCCCGGCGCUGACCAGUCUGGAGCUUGUGGACUAUCCUGAGACUAUCCUCCCUGAAAACGCUCUGAGGAGUCUGACCUCACUGCGGUCUCUUGCUGUCCGCUACAGGUACAUCAGAGAAGGGAUUGAGUGUCGACUCCGGUCCUGGCUGACCCCUCUGCGACAGUUGGAGUCACUCACCAUCAUCGGUGGGAACUCCCUUGCUACAUAUACAACCACCAUCCCACCCAGUGUGACCAGGCUGACACUGCGAGUGGCCAUAACUCUGAAAGACAUGGACUCCAUUGCUCCUAAAGUUCCAGGACUGGAGCACCUGGACAUUGAGCAGAACCGUUCUAGUGGAAGCCUCUGCAGACGGAUCCCCAUGCUAUUUCCUCAUCUCAAGACUCUUAGGAUACGAUUUUUCCGCCGGGAGCCAGAGAAAGAUCUCCUCAGUCUCCACAAACUGCGACACCUGGUGCAGCUGGAGCUCCUGGUUGAACGCUCCUUCAUCCUGAGGGAUUACCUGAACGGCCACCCCUGGCCCAGCCCCUGUGUGCAGGAGCUCAUCAAUGAGCUUCGGGAUCUGUCAGAGAACAGGAUCACUGUUAUCACCACAAUGCGCCAGAGAAACCUUCUAAGAGAGUGUGACUGUUUGUGGGAGGGGGACUGAUGUGCUUUAUGUAGGGCCAGACAAGAAGGUACACAGUUCAUAAAGUGCAAUGCUCAAAGGACAGAGUCAAAAAAGGUUAAGAGGUCAAAGCUGCAGUGGUUGCCAGUUUUUCUAAAAUGAAACAUUUGGAUUCUGUAUGUAUGCUUUUGUUAAUAAAUUGACAUUCAUGUCAAUGGCUGAGGAUUCAUAGUGACCAUUUAGCUGAUUAAAUACAGGCUCUAACAGAUUUCUGUGACUGUCAGAAGCAUCUCCUGAAGUGAACUACUUGACUUUUCUGGGACUCGAACUCUAAAAUCCAGUUUUCCUCAUGGAGCAAUGCAGCAAUCAUAGAAAUCAUAGUCUGUGUGUUGCAGAAUUCUUGUGUAUAAAAACCUGGGAUAAGUUUUUCUACAUGUUAUAUUAUGAGAGUAAACAUUGACCCACGAAGACUCAUUUGAUACAAAACAAGCAGCAUAAUUUAAAUUAUGCAGAGGUGGGACCUCUAGUCACAUGACUUGGACUUGAAUCGAUUAAUAUUAAGACUUUAGACUUGACUUGAAAAAAUCUUCAGACUUGGAUUUGAACCUGGUUACUUGAAAAGACUUGAUAUUUUACCCAAAAUAUAAAGUGUAAAACACAUAUUUAUAAAGUAGACCCAUUAAUUCAUUACACUCAGUCAUAUAGAAACACAUGAGCUCCAAGAUGUGCAGAACUUCACAGGCAGCAAACCAGCAAAAGGCAAAGAGCUUCACUCAGUUCUAGCAGGUUACUGCUGUUGGAUGUUAACAAUAGGCUACUAGUAUUGUUGAUGUUCAAAAGUGGGUAGAACUGUUUCCAUUUACUUGAGUAACGUUUUGGGAGGAAAAGGUAUUUUUAAGAGUUUUUUUUACUGUACUGAGUAAUAUUAUUUUUACUACUCUUGCUUGAGUAGACUGACUUUACAUUUUAAAAAAAACUUCAGAAAUUGAAAAUAUUACAUUUCUGCAACGUGAGCUAAUGCUUAUGCAAAUUUGAGGAUAACUCAACAUUUUAUACAUGUCACUGUUUAUAUCUUGUUUAAUUUGCAAUAAACAGUUAUCCUACUUGAAAAGUUACAUAAAGAUUUGUUUAUGCAAUUCUAUUAAAAGCAAACGGUUGUUUAGUUUACCCUCACACCCCCCAAAAUAAGCCAAUGCCCCCCCAUACUCUUCUGGAGCCGGGGGUCCGUUUCAGAAAGCCGGUUCUGGACCUGAACUCAGGGCCCAUCAUAAUGAUGAACUGGGUCCAGUUCCAUCACAGGAUGGACCACCGUCCAUCCUAUUGAAGACAUCAGGACAAUAGAUUGUUUACUGUAGUCUACUGGGGUUUUUUACACUUUGUGUUCAGCUGCAUGUUUUUAAUCAAGAUUUUAAAUAAAUAUAGAUUUAAAAACAAAUGGCUUAUUAUUUACAUUUAACAUAAAAUUGCAACAUUGUUAAAAAAGGGGGAGAAAAGACUCAAAAGGACUUGAGUCCUCAUGUUUUAGACUCGGGACUUGAGGAUUAAGACUUGAGACUCAAAACCCUGAUUUGGUCCCAUCUCUGGUAUUUAGUAAAAAUCAACCUCUGUGUCGUGUUGUCUUGAUAUUCCCUAAUCAAAAACAAACCUGGAGUGUUUCUUUGAUUCUUUAAAGCACGUUUAAGGGAUGCUUGAAUCUCCCAUGGCAACCAUUUUGGGGUGCCUCAUCUGCUCUCACACCCCAUAUCUUCACAAAGUUUCUCUGCGCUGCAGUUUUCAGCUCAGCUUCCGGCUCUCAGAUCAGCCGCCCUCUAAACUCCCCGUUGGCUCCUCAGACUAGCGGUCAGUGUUGGCAUAGUUACUUUGAAAAAGUAACUUUAAUCGGACUACUGAUUACUCCUUGAAAAGGUAACUUAGUUAUAUUACUGACUACUUGAUUUGGAAAGUAACUAAGUUACAUUAAAAGUAACUUUUUAGUUACUUUCAGCAGGUGCUAACAACAACGUUCCGCCUCUUGUGAAAAUCACAUUGAUCUUUGUCAAUUCUUAAUUGUAAGCUAUUUUAUAAUGGUAACAUCAACAAUGUG